AUGCCUCGAACGCGCAAUCGCGCCAGUGCUGCGCAGGACAAGGUCGUCGCCGAAGAGUCCGUCGUUGAGGAAGCACCUGCCGAACAAGAGGAAGAGGAGGAGCAUCAGAGCAUCGAGGGUGCCCCAAGGCCGCUGGACUUCAACGAGUCGCUGACAUGGCGCGCCGGCAAGCCUAUCGCCGUCGCCGAACUACUACGCCGUCUGAGGACUCUGCACACCGAGCUGAGCCAGCUGGACCAAGAAGAUGCACACCGCGACUCUCUCGUGCCUGUCGCGCAAGAGCUGGCCCACCGCAAUCUGCUCGAGCAUCGCGAUCGCGGUGUCAGGGCCUGGUCUGCACUAUGUAUCGUUGAGAUGUUCAAGCUGUUGGCUCCCGAUGCCCCGUUCAAGGCCGCCCAAUUGAACCAGAUCUUCUCUCUCAUCAUCACUCAAGUCCUGCCUGCCCUCGGCAACCCACAAGACCCCUACAACGAACAACACCUUUCCAUCAUUCGAUCGCUGGAUGAGGUCAAGAGUAUUGUACUGCUCACCGACAUUCCCGGUGCUGAUGGUCUACUGUACAAGCUGUUCACAGGCGCCUUCGACAUCUUCGCAGAUACGUCCAAGAAUGUCAAGGCCGAAGAGCUGGGAAAGAACGUCGAGCACCACGUCACAAGUCUGCUCGUUACUGUUGUGGACGAGAGCCCUUCACUGCCUAACGACGUUGUCGAUAUCAUACUGGCACAGUUCCUCCGUCUUGACCCUACUACCUUCCCUCUCCAGCUCAACAAAGCCGCUCUCGAAUCCUCGCGUCCCUUUCAUCUUCAGUUGCCUCCGCCCGCAUACAAUAUGGCANNAAAAAACAUCUGCAGCUCGUGUCCUGACAAGAUGUCCCGCAUGGUUGCACACUACUUCAAUUCCAUUAUUGCCGACCUCUCGGAUGGUAUCGACGGUUCAAGCUCAAGAAAGUAUACGUCUCGAAGACGAUCUGGCGCAGACGACGAGGACGAGGACGAGGAUGACAACAAUCGUGACGCUCAGCCUGCAGGUCCGUCUGCAGAUGAGCUCAAGUCAUUGGAGAAGGCCCACAGGCUGUUGCGCGAGCUCUGGAGAUCUGCCGCACUGGUCAUACAGAACAUUGUUCCACAAAUUGAAUCCGAACUCGGUGCGGAGAACGUGGAUAUAAGAUUCCUGGCCACCGAGACAGUUGGCGAUUUGAUCUCUGGCAUUGGCGCAGCAGGACCUCCCGCUCCAGUCGCGCUCGAUCCUGCAGCCUACCCUUCGCAAAGCAUUGAUCCAUCUUCAGUCUACUCUAGAACAUACAACUUCCUCACCACUCCAGCGGCUCCUCACGCCUUUUCCUCGGUCCACGCCUCUACAUACCAAGGCUUCCUCAAUCGUCGCAAUGACAAAUCCCCUCGAGUUCGUUCUAUCUGGGUGACUUGUGCGGGUCGUAUUCUGGCCACUUCUGCUGGCGGCGUUGGCCUUGACCCAAAUGAGGAGAGUGCUCUGCUCAGAUACAUCUCCGACAUGCUUGUUGAUACCGAUGAGCAUGUUCGCCUUGCUGCUGUCCAGGCUAUCGGUCGCUGUGAUUUCGAGACCAUUGUGCAACGCAUCGGUUCGAGCGGUGGUGUCACUACUCCUGAUUCUGUACUGUCAAACCUGGCCGACAGAAUCAAAGACCGCAAGCAUAGCGUCCGUGCUGAGGCCAUGUCUCUACUCGGUCGAAUCUGGGGUGUUGCUGCAGGUGCUAUCACUGAGGGAAAUGACAGAGUCCGUAUGCUUCUUGGUGCAAUUCCUUCGCGCAUCUUUGACGCCAUCUACAUCAACGACCGCGAGAUCACCGCGCUGGUGCAACAAGUCCUUUACGAUUCACUGCUGCCGCUUAGCUUCCCUCCUAUCAAGGCCAAACCUACCUCCAACGGCGAUUCACAACGUGUCAGGGACAGUCAAGUACCGGCUUCGCAAGUCGAGAAGACACCCACCCCAGACGCCAUUCGUGCUGAGCGAAUUUUGGUUUUGGUUCGGGACCUCGAGCAGAAGGCGAAGACGGUGUUCUUCACGUUCCAGGCUAGACAAGCUAAAAGGGCGCAAUAUCUAGAAGCGUUCCUCAAACGUUGCGAAGAUUACAAUGGAGGUGUCAAUGCAAAGAACGGCAAAGAAGGAAGUGGUUCACUGUCAAAAUUGAUCGAGUUCUUUGCGCGAGAACGUCCCGAACCCCUUGUGGCCAAUGAGCAUCUCUGGAAGUUUGCUAAAAAGCACGACAGGAGGUGCUACCAGCUUAUUCGAUUCGCAGUCAAUCCUGAUAGCGAGUACAAGAAGGUCGUCAACGCCAUCAAAGAACUGACAAAACGUGUUGAAGAACAACCUGGUCAUCUUCCAGCGAUCUUGACAACCAUUCUUCCUGUAAUUCACCAAGCCAGUGUAUUGGUUUACAGCAAGAGUCAUGUCCCUACAAUUGUUGACGUUUCACGUACUGAGGACAAGGGUCUUGGUUCGUCUGCACACGAAGUGCUCAGAGAGAUCUCAACCCAUAAUCCUGAGGUCUUCAAAGCACAUGUGCGCAGUUUGUGCACCACGCUCCAAGAGCAAGUACCAUCGAAAGACAGGCCAACCGAUUCUGGAGUUGUCGAAACUCUGAAAGCGUGUGCAGGCUUUGCACAGAGGUUCCCUCAGGAGAUCCCUCGCGAGCGUGCCUUUUUACAAGCUAUGGUCCAAUUUGCCCUUAACGGAAACCCGCCAAUAGCUGCAAAGCAUGCGGUUUCUGUCAUUGUUGCCGCAGAUGAGAAAAAGGACAUGUACGUCAAAGACAUUGUCACUAAGUGUGUGCAAGGCUUUGAAUACGGUCAAGAUGGCUACCUCUCUAAGCUGGCAGCACUCAGUCAACUUAUGCUCCUGUCUGCAAAGGACACAGAAGAUGAACAUGAUAAUAUCUUGGAAAUCGCUAUCCAGAAGGUGCUCCUGCAAGUACGAACAGAAGCCAAGCCAGACGACGUCGAAUGGCAAGAAGAACCAGACGAUGAGUGUGAAGCCAAGAUUUGGGCUCUCAAGAUUCUAGCGAACCGACUCAGAUCUUUUGCUGUGUCUAUAGCCGACAAUGAGAUGGGAUCUGUGGUCACAGAACAUGCACUUCCAGUGUUCAAGUUGUUGCACCGGAUUAUUGAUAAAGACGGAGAGUUGUCCAAGACCCAGGACGAAACUCCGAAGCCUCAUCGUGCGCGCCUGCGAUUAAGUGCCGCUGUUCUGCUACUCAAGCUGUGCAGCGCACACAAAAGAUUCGAUGCACUACUAGAGCCCAAGGAUUUCAACCGUCUCAUCGUCAUCGCUCAAGACCCCUUGCCCGAGGUCCGCUCUGCUUUCGUCGAUGCCAUCAAGAAGUAUCUCGGCCAAGGUAGACUACCUCAUCGCUUCUACACUCUAGUCUUUGUCUAUGCUUUCGAGCCAAACGUACCCAUCAAGAACGCAGCCUCAACAUGGCUCAAGGGGCGCGCUGCAGCAUUUGCCAAAUCAAACGAGACUGUAAUGGAGACCAGUUUCGCGCGCUUCAUCAGUGUCCUCGCUCAUCACCCAGAUUUUUCAACGGAGGCAGAUAACUUGCAGGACUUUAUUGACUACAUGAUGUUCUAUCUCAAGGCUGUUGCUACGCCGGCGAACAUCACCCUGAUAUACCAUGUCGCUCAGAGGAUGAAGUCUGUUCGGGACGGCAUUGAUGAGAAGAAGAGCGACAACCUUUACUGUCUGUCCGAUAUCGCGCAAGCUGUUAUCCGCAGAUACCAGGAGCUACAGGGUUGGUCGCUGCCAGUAUGGUCUGGCAAAGCCCGUCUCCCUGCCGGUCUCUUUGCGUCCCUACCCAAUCAUGCAGUGGCGCAAGAGAUUGCUGACAAGCAGUAUGUGCCGGAAGCGCUGAUGGACAAGAUUGAAGAUCUGGUCAGAGAUCGUCUGCGUACCAAGAAGCGCAAGUCUGAGAGCACAAGCACACAAGCCAAGAAGCGUGCCAGAGCAAGCGAGGGCAAGUCUUCCAAGGCAACGACGAGCAAGAAAGCCAAGAGCGUCAAGACGCCCAAGAAGAGGAGAGCCUCCAAUGCCACGGCCUCUGCGCCAGCGAGCGAGAUUCGCCGCAGCUCGCGCAAGUCUGGAGCGAAGAGCUAUCUCGAGCAGAGUGACAGUGAUGAAGAAGCCGAUGGACUCGACGACGCCGACGAAGACGAUAGCAAUGACGAGGAAAGCGACGCCGAAGACCAAGAGAUGGAUGAUGUAGAAGAGCAGGAGGUAGAGCAGCCAGAACAAGCAGAAGCUGGAACUGAUAAAGCCGAAGAAGAAGCAGUCGAGCUCGAAGAAGAGGCCGAAGUACCCACCCCAGAGCCAGUACCUCAAUCGAGACGCUCGGGUCGUGCUGCCGUCAAAGGCAAGAAAGCCACUCCAGCUCCUGCUCCCAAGAGGUCGAGUCGAAGAAAGAAGAAUGGCGCUGCCAGUGACUCGGAGUUGAGCGAUGCACCGUCAGACGUGGAGUAG